CCUGCUGCCGCCGCCGCCCGUCGACCCGGCCUGGGCCGCCGCCGACGCCGACGUCUGUGAUAUCGUAGCUCCGUAUCAAAUCUGCAGCGGCCUUACCGGGGUGCCUCCCGGCGCGGACCUGCAAGGCUCGCCGUCCAUGUCCAUGCUGGCAGCUCUCAUCACUACCUCGCUUUUUCUUUUCAUUGUUCUGGUGUCUGGAACAAUAUUCUUCUGCAAACACCGGCGCAGACUAAGCGGCAUCAUGUCAGCCAAGGGCGCGGGAAAGCGCGGUGACAACUCCAGGAUGUUGUACGACGACCUGUCGCUGCGCCCGCACGUCAUGCCCAACAACCUAAGGCCGAGCGGACCGCACAUCGAGAUGGUGGCCGUGAAGGGACAGUGUCCGCAGCUGCUGCCGAGCCGGCCCACCGGCACCCUGUUCGUGUACCCCCCGCCGCCGUCCCUCACCGACGACGGCUCCGAGCGGCUGUCCAACAUGUAUGAGGAGAUACCCUACUACGGCCGACCGGCGCCGUCCGUGUCCUACUGCUCCGACUCGGACGAGGAGGAGCUGAGCCGACCCUCCGACGACGACCGGCGGCCGCACCCCUACAUCCCCGUCGGCAGCGACGACGGCGGCGACGCGCGGUACGACCCCUACUACUACUCGGACAUUCUGGCGAGGGAGGCCGGCAGCCUCGACGGCCCGGGCGGCGACGGUCCUUACGGCCCGCUGGCCCACCGGCUCAUGCUGGACCCGUUCAUGGACGUGUACCCCGGCGACAGCGAGAGACUGCGCCCCCGGCACAAGCUGAGCUCGUUCAGAAGUGGCGGCGGCGGGGCGCCGCGCGCGCAGGCGGCUUCGGAUCCGAGCCGGAUGUACGUGAACGCGCCCGACGGCAGUGUGCAGGUGAACAGUGACGGCAGGGACGAGGAGGUGCGAUAUUAUCCGGAGCCACAGUGGGGUUAG